AUCAAACGCCCAUCUCCUGAGGUCGCCAAGAACCGCCAUGGAAUCACUCCGAGCUUCACUGAGCCUCAAUUGGCUCUCUCUCAAGUUCUUCACGAAGGGAUGGGACUUCUUUUUGAGGGAAGAAGCUUGGGGUUUGGCUUUCCUCUGUGGCCUGACGGCUGUCGUGGACUACUUCCGGGGAAACAGCAUGGCGUGCAUGGCAGCCCACGCGUGCAUGGUCAUUCUCGUUCGCAGGAUUCUGGCCGGCGGGAUCUGCACCUCCGCCAGACGCCUCGACGGCAAGACGGUCGUCAUCACCGGCUGCAGCGUGGGCAUCGGGAGGGAGACCGCGCGGGACCUCAGCAGCCGAGGUGCUAAGAUCAUCAUGACUUGCCGCAACACCAAGGCAGCAGAGAAAGUAGCGAAGGAAAUCGGCAGUCAGACUGGCGGGGAACUGGUUGUGAUGAAGCUGGACCUUGCCUCCCUGGCCUCUCAAGACGGAGGACGGCUUCGAGAUGCAGAUGGGCACAAACCACCUUGGGCAUUUCCUCUUAACGAACCUCCUGCUUCCUCUGCUCACCCACUCCGAGGAGGCGCGGGUGAUCACCCUCAGCUCUCUGGCCCAUGCAAGAGGUGUUAUUCCCUUUGAUGACAUGAUGUAUGAGAAAGGCUAUGACCGCUACAAGGCAUAUGGAAAUAGCAAAGUGGCUAAUAUUCUGUUCACACGCCAUCUUGCAAAGAAGGUGAAAGGCACAAACAUCCAGGUGUUCUCAGUUCAUCCAGGAGCCGUCCAGUCCAACUUGGGGCGACAUAUUGUGGGUCCGUUCACAGCCUCUUGGUAUGCUGCGCUGAUCUUGAAGACUAGCAUGGAAGGGGCUCAGACCACUUUGCAUUGUGCUCUUGAGGCAGAACAGGAUGAUCACAGUUAUUAUUUCAGUGACUGUACAGUGGGCUAUGCUUCAGCAUAUGCUAGGAAAGACGACGUAGCUGAACGACUGUGGCAGGUGUCGGAGAAGAUGGUUCAGCUUUAAUAAGAUAUUGGAGAAAUGAAAAAGAAAAAUGAUUAGCAAUAUGUGCUGAUUCUCUUGAUGAUGGUGCCUUAACUUACUGUUAUUUCCUUAUUGCUCUGAAUGCUACUAACCAGUAACAUAAGGCACAUAACUCUACCUAAGAUUUUUGAAUUGUUAAUGGAUGUUUAACAGUUAAUUGAUGUCUUACCAUUGACCUAUGAAAGUCACUGGUAAGACGAAGAUGAACAGUAUGGCAGGUGAGACCUGAGAAGAAAUUGUUGAAGGCUCUCUCUUUGAAAACUCUGGAUCCCAGCGAAUUUCCCAUCGCAGCGUACCCCUGCCUUCC